AUGACGGGCGACAGUCCUGAUGAGCGGGCAGUUGCUCACGAGCUCAUUGUCGAGCUGCUGGCUCAUCAAUUCGCCUUUCCCGUGCAAUGGAUCGAAACGCAAAAGAAUCUGUUGGCGCAAGAGGGCGGAGUGGAUCGACUCAUCGAACUGGGUCCAUCCAGCACGCUUCUGAGCAUGGCCAAGAAGAGCCUGCUGUCCAUCACUUCAGACGGGGACAGACCCAUUGAUCAACCACUGGACCUCUACUCCGCAUCUCAAAAUCUGGCAGAAGCAUGCUAUCAGUACGAAUCACAAGCCGAGGCUGCCACUGUCAUGAUACAAGCAGAGUCAACGCCGCCUUCCAGCACUGCCUCAGUACCUGCGGAGCCUCAAGCUACCCUGGCAAGACCGGCUGAACCUGGUGUGAUUGCUGAAUCUCCCUUGAAUCCGGAAGACAUUGUCAGAAUACAUGUGGCACGAAAACUCAAGAAGCCAAUCAAUCAAAUCUCCCCACUCUUGUCGAUCAAGGAACUCUGCAAUGGCAAAUCGACACUGCAGAACGAGAUUGUGGGCGACAUGUACACGGAGUUCGGAAUACUCCCCGAUCGCCCAGAAGAUGUAGCUUUGCGGGAUCUUACAAGUGCUGCUGACGAUGGCACUGUUGUACAAUUGGGUAGAGUGUCGCUGAUGUUGGUUGGGAAACUGGUUUCGUCAAGGAUGCCAGCCGGAUUCAACGUUGAUGUAAUCCGCAAGCAGCUCUUGAACAAAUGGGGCCUCGGUGCAUCUAUACAAUCUGGCAUUCUACUCUACGCUCUGUUAGCGGAGCCGGAGAGCCGCCUGACCUCCGCACAAGUUGCAGAGCAGUACUGGGACGAAGCUGCACUUCGAUAUGCCGAGUUUCAAGGCCUCUCCUUGAGAGUAUCGACUAGCAAAAAAUCUGAUGACGCUACAAAUGCGCCAACUGUAGAUGCUGCAACGCUUGCCGCUGUAAACCAAUCGCAGACGCGUCUUGCACAGAAGCAACUGGAAGCCCUGGCAGAAUAUCUACAGAUUGACCUGUCUAACACAAAGGUGGACGAGUUGGCGCGAGAACAGAUAGCAGAGCUGCAGCAGAAACUGGAUGCAGUAACCGCCGAGUUUUCUGAUGACUUCCUCGCUGGAAUAUCGCCGACGUUCGAUGCUCGACAAACUCGAAGAUACAACAGCUGGUGGAAUUGUGCUCGACGAGACUUGCUAGACGUCUUCCGUGGAGACGUUUUUGCCAACAAGCUGGCUACUGACGAUCUCGGGCAAGCAAUUUACCUCCGACUGAUGGCCAACAGGAGCGACCACAAUCUGGCCAAGCAGGCAUGCACACUUGAUGCGAUAAUGCGACACAAGGCGCAUGCUGAUCUAGAGCAUGAAUUCAUUCUCUUCGCCGACCGACUCCUCGAUGCACUGUCAUCCGGCGCGCAAAGUGCACCGCGCGCGCUUCCAGUCCUACGUCCUCGAGCUCCACGUACCCUUGUGACGGCUCGUGGCGAUAUUGUUGCAACGACAGUAGCACGUUCAGAACUCCAGGUACCCACAGCUUAUGCGGACUUUCUCAGGAACCCUGCGCUGUCUGUAUCAUCGGCCAAGGGCCCUGGAAUCGCUGUGAAGCAGCUCAGUCACGGACGAUGGCUUGCCAACGAUGAUGUUACUGAGAGGUUGCUCGACCUCUUUGCGAACUCGUUGACUGAUGGGAUACCAUUCGGCGGCAAGAAUGUCUUGAUCACAGGUGCCAGCCCUAAUUCGAUCGGUGCUGAAGUUGCCCGCAUACUUCUGCAAGGCGGAGCGCAUGUCAUUGUUACCACCAGUCGCGCGGUCUCACAGUCGGCGACAUAUUUUAAAACAAUGUAUCGAGAAUGCGGCGCAAAGAAUUCGGAGCUCCGAGUCGUACAAUUCAACGGUGCAAGUGCGAAAGAUUGCGAGAGACUGAUAGACUAUGUCUACAGCGAUUCUGGUUUACAUCUCGAUCUCGACGCGAUACUCCCCUUCGCAGCAACCGCGGAAGCUGGCGUCGAAGCUGGCGAGGUCACUGCGGCGAAUGAAUUGGCACAUCGGCUGAUGCUUGUCAAUGUCUUUCGCCUACUGGGUCGCAUUAUCAAGAAUAAACGAGACAGAGGUAUCGACUGCCAUCCGACGCAAGUCCUCCUGCCUCUCUCACCAAAUCAUGGCAUCUUUGGCGGCGAUGGGUUAUAUUCCGAAAGCAAGCUUGGCUUAGAGAGUCUCUUGAACCGGGUCACGUCCGAGUCCUGGGCCAAUGAGCUAUCAGUUUGUGGUGUUGAGAUCGGCUGGACCAGAUCAACUGGUCUCAUGGCUGCAAAUGACAUUGUGGCCGAAGCGAUUGAGAAACACGGCGUCAUCACGUUCUCGAGCCAGGAGAUGGCCUUCAACAUUGCCAUGCUCCUAACACAAGAAAUGGUCGAUGUUUGCGAAGACCAGCCAGUGCUCGUCGAUUACGGAGGCGGGCUUGCAUCACUCCCAAAUUGCCAAUCAGUGUUGGCAAAGGCGCGACAAAGCAUCGACCUUGAAGCACAGAUAGCACGGGCAGUACAGGAAGAGGAUGUUCUGGAGCGUGGGCCAUCGAAGGUUCGUGACUUGAACAAAGAUGUACCGCAGUCUGUGGCCACUCUACAGAUCGGAUUCCCUCGCUCGUUACGCUAUGAUACCGACCUCGCACCCUUGCAUCGCCUUCAGGCUCUCAACUUCCCCGAAAACACAGUUGUUGUCGUUGGGUUCGCUGAAUUAGGUCCCUGGGGCAGCGCGCGUCUUCGCUGGGAGAUGGAAAGUCGUGGCAAGCUGAGCCCAUCUGGGCUAGUUGAGAUGGCUUGGCUAAUGGGACUUAUCACACAUUGCGAAGGCGAGAGAAAGGAAGGACAUUAUGUCGGCUGGGUCGAUGCGAAGACAAAUGAGAUCGUUCACGAAGCCGAAAUUGAACGAAGAUAUGGAAACUACAUCACAGAGCAUACUGGAAUACGAUUUGUGGAGCCCGAGACUGCCGGUUAUGACCCAGCAAAGAAAGAAUACUUCGAAGAACUCGCCAUCGAAGAAGACAUGCCCGCAUUCGAAGUCAGUAACGACAUCGCAGAUGCGUUCCGGCUACGCCAUGGCGAGAACGUCUCUGUCCAUCGACUCCAAGGAUCAGAUUCAAGCCGGGUGCAAGUCAAGAAAGGAGCAACAAUCUUCGUACCCAAAACGACACCGUUCCCCUGGGGCGCUGUAGCAGGGCAGUUGCCGACUGGAUGGAAUCCCGAGCGACACGGCAUCCCCGAUGACCUGGCUCACCAAUUAGACCCUGCGACUCUUGUAACAUUAUGCGGCGUGAUGGAGGCAUUCUAUUCUGCUGGUAUUCCUGACCCUUUCGAGAUCUUCAAACACAUGCACUUAUCUGAGUUGGGCAACUUCAUCGGGUCGAGCAUGGGUGGAGCUUUGAAGACGAAGAACCUUUACAAGGACGCUUUUCUCGAACGACCGAUGGACAGUGACGUCCUCCAAGACACUUAUCUCAACACAACUGCAGCAUGGGUCAAUAUGUUGCUCGUUGGCUCGGCAGGCCCAAUCAAGACUCCCGUAGGUGCAUGUGCGACUGGAUUAGAGUCGAUCGACGCAGCCCUGGAAUCCAUCGGCGCGGGAAAAACAAAAAUGUGCAUUGUCGGGGGCUUCGACGAUCUUCAGGAAGACGAGGCAUAUGGCUUCUCAAAGAUGAAGGCAACAGUAAACGUUGCAGAAGAGCUUGCUGCAGGACGACUUCCCUCUGAGAUGUCUCGACCUACUGCGGAAAGUCGUGCUGGGUUCGUGGAAUCUCAUGGCUGCGGCAUUCAGAUUGUAUGUCGAGGCGAUGUUGCAUUGGAGAUGGGCCUUCCAAUCUAUGCCAUACUUUCCGGAUCUGCCAUGGCAUCUGACAAGAUCGGACGUUCAGUGCCAGCUCCCGGACAAGGCGUACUUUCUUUUGCCAGAGAGUCGAAUCCUGGAGCUCCAGUCGACUUCGCUGCAGUAGACUGGCAAAGCAAGUUCCCUGGUGCGAAGUCCUCCCAAGAUGUAUCCUCGCUCCACUCCCGUUCAUCCUCUGUGACGCCUACGCCUCCUUCAUCACUACCGCAGGAUUCUCCUCGUUCGAUGUCCACCAAUGCUUCUACUGCGCCAACCACACCUCUAGACACAUGGCAAAUCGGACCUCCUCUCAGCGACACUGGAAGAUCAACAUCGGCCAGCAUCUCACCAUUACGCGCAUCGCUGUUGCGCUGGGGUCUCGAUGUCAACGAUCUCGACAUCGCGUCCCUUCAUGGCACAAGCACGAAGGCGAACGAUUUGAACGAGCCAGAUGUCAUAUGCCAGCAAAUGAACCACCUGGGCAGAUCUGAUGCGUCACCACUGUGGGCCGUCUGUCAAAAGUCUGUCACAGGGCAUCCCAAAGCUCCUGCUGCUGCAUGGAUGCUCAAUGGCUGCCUGCAAAUUGUCAACAGUGGAAUAGUCCCGGGCAAUCGUAAUGCAGACAAUGUGGACCCAGCGUUACGACGAUUCAAGCAUCUGUGCUUCCCAACAGAGUCUGUACAUCUGGCUGAAGACGUCAAGGCAUUCCUUGUGACCUCCUUCGGAUUUGGACAAAAGGGCGGACAGCUUGUAGGCAUCGCACCAAAGUAUUUCCUGGCCUCUUUGACCGAAGUGGAACACGAAAGCUACGCAGCACGCACUGCGAAGCGUCAAAGGGUGGCGAACAGAAGAUAUGUUGAAGCUGUUUUGGACAACACCAUUGUGAAGAUCCAGGCUGAAUCGCCUUAUCGCGCCGAGGAUGCCAGCCGCGUCUACCUCAAUCCUCUAGCCCGUGUUUGCGAGAGCACUGAUAUUCCGGGAUCCUACCGCUUCAACCCUGCUGACUUGCGUGACUCGUCCAGUCCACAAACUGCUUUAUCUACAUGGACCGCACAAGAGAUCCUACGUGGCCGGCACAGUCCAGGCGUUGCCGAAGCUGCCAAAUCUUGCAAGACAUGGAUCGAAAAGCAAAAUGUGCAAGCGACGAGUACUGUGGGUAUCGAUGUGGUGCAAUUGAACGACUUCAAAUCACAUGAAAACCCGAUCUUUAUCGAGCGCAAUUACACUUUGGGCGAAGUGAGGUAUGCAAAGCAGAGCGUCGACAGACGCAGAGCAUAUGCUGGAAGAUGGGCGGCCAAAGAGGCUGUCUUUAAAUGCUUACGGGCGCGAAGCCGUGGUGCUGGUGCUGCGAUGAAAGAUAUUGAAGUUUUGAGAGAGAGCAAGGACGAUGGUCCUGCGAUUAUGCUCCACGGCGCUGCUCUGGAUCAUGCACGCUCGUCCGGCCUGGAGACAGUUCAAGUGAGCUUGAGUUAUGGUGAAGACUGUGUAGUGGCAGUUGCACUGGGACUUAGAGGCGAUGGAAAACCUACGUACGCCUUGUGAUACAAUUUACUUUGCAUAUGGGCGUUCAGCAUAUCAGACAUUUUUGCACGGCAAUUUCGUCACAGCGAUACAAUUAUAGAAUGGAGCUCAUUCUUCCACACAUUGAGAAUUAUGAG